GUACGACCUCACCGAGUAUGUUGGACGCGCCCGCGCCGACGACGUCAGCGAGGAGAUGAUCCUCGAAGGGGGAUAUGUCUACCGCGUUGUGCCCGUCUCUUUCGGCCUUGCCCAGGAAGUCUCGCCACGCAAAGCCGUCGUUGCGGUGCAUUCGGUCCAGACCAUCGAGACCCAGAAGGUCACGCUGGAUUGGUCGGACACGGCUGCAGCCGUGUUCGAGGGCGCACGGCGGAAAGGCAAGAAGAGGCAAUUUCCAAACUUGGCAAAUGGGGUGUCGGCCUUUGUCCUCCAAGAGGAGGCCGGUUUAUCUCUGGUUGCCGAGAACUCCUCGGAUCAGUUGGCAGCCAUGCAGGUCGAUGGAAACGACUGCAUCGGCUGUGUCAGCUCUCGUGAGAGCUUCGACGCAGUGGUUGCCUUGCCUCCCAAGUCGCGGCAGGUUGUUCUGGGCAUCGCCUUUGCAAGAGGGGCCAUACGAGUUGGGACGGCAGUUGGAGCCCAGGGCCUUCCCGGCGAGGCGGCGAACUUCGCGCUCGCAGGA